UACAGACUGACCUCUGUUUCUGCUUCCGAUUUUUCAACUGACGAUUUAUCAGGGGUCUUUGGAAAUGGUUCCUGUCUCUUUUCCGAUAUAGACUUGUCCACCUUUGGCUUGCCAUUAUGCGUUCUUUUAACUGGUGAUUCUUCCGAUGAACUCGAAGCCGAUUUGACGGGUGAAGCGUCUUUGGACUUAUCCUUUGCCCCUUCCCCAAAAGUGUUACUCAGAAAAUCGAACAGCAUCUUAGUAGUCGAUGUCACUGCACUGUCUCGACCUUUUUCAUUUUCUACAUGAUCCUUUGAUUCAGCAGCUUUUCUAGUGUCUCCUUGUCUUUGAAGUUGCCGUUCCCUUUGACGUUUUGUCAAUAUAUUUCCUCCCCAUGCUAUUGGGACAUAUUCAGGAUGAAGGAGAAUACAGUCGAGUAGAACCCUUUUCGCCUUGGAACUAUCCAGCAAGAAUAACCUAAGCUCAUUGUCUACGACAUCCUCAAAGAGAUCUGGUCGCAUGAGAAGAACUUCGAUACCAUAACCGAACGCUCUGUCGAUAAGCAUUACAAUCGUUUCGUUUGGCCUUGCAUUUUCUGCUUCGAAGAAGUUCGCCAGAAUCCUUGCCUCUGCAGGUUUAACGAUUUGUUCAAGAAUCUGAUUCCGUUUCAUGAUGGCUAGACCUCGCAGUGCUACCGCUUCUUGCUCCGGUGAACCUAAAGAAAUAAACCAAACCGGUUUGUCUUCGUCGGCUGACAAGGUCCCCCUUCGGUCUUCACUCUCGGACUUUUCUUCUUCGACAGUCUUCUUGGCUACCUUCGUAGUGUCACAGUGCCGCUCCAAAUGCUUUAUUCGUUUGCUCAGAUCGCUUAUUUUCUUUUCCCUGCGAUGAAGCCUCGCUCGCAGCUUCUUAAUAACGGAGACAGAUUUGCGAUGUGCAUCUUCCAGCUGUCCAACUCGACUGAGAAGUGCAUGGAUUUCUCGCAGAAGUUUUUCAAUCCGUUCCGUCGGUGGUUUAACUUCCUCGUUACUUAGCUGCGUAGAAUCCAACUCUUCUGAGCCUUCUUUUUCCAAAAUCGUCUCCUCACCACCAGCGGAAGUGCUGAAAUCAAGGUUGAAGGUCCCGUACAGGCAGCGCUUGAUGUUUGUGAAUGCACAUACUCUGCUGAACUGA